ACCUUUCCAAAAACAAAUUUGUACUUCUUAAUACAAUAUUAUAACAUGAGGAAAAAUGCUGAAUUCUAAUCAAUCAUAGAUACACUUUUGUCUAUAAAUGCUCAUUUAUAAAUGUGCAGAGCCCAUACUGUAUUAAAGUGUGUGCCAUGUUGACAGAGAUAGAGUUGCAUCACACACAGAGUUCCAGCAUGAGGAAAGACAAAGUUAAAUAAGUAUAAAGUUGAUAUUCUGGAUCAAUGUUCAUGAAGUGUUUCCAGUCAACAUGACCACAGUGAGAUAAAGUAGUGCUGCCCUUCUUGGGGAAAAAAAGACGUCAAAUCAAUCGAAAAGGUCAGGAUUUGAGAAGACUCUUGAAAACAGUACCGUCUAACCUGAUCAUUAUUCUGUUGUCCAAUGAAGUUGUCUCCAUGUUGUCUCAGAAUAAAUCUGUGAAAACCACAGAAGAAGUGGCUCUUCAGAUCCUCUUACUUUGCCAGGUUGGGAUUGGGACUAUAGUGAACAUUUUUCUGUUUGUCCAUAAUUUAUCUCCAAUCUUGAAUGGCUCUCAACAGAGGCCCAUACAAGUCAUUCUAGCCAACUUAGCUGUGGGCAAUGCCUUGAUUCUCCUCUUUGCAUUUCCAAACAAUAAGGCACUUUUUGUUCCAAAGGAGCCCUCAAAUGACCUAAAAUGUAAACUUGGGUACUUCAUUUGGCUGGUGGCUCGAAGCACAAACAUGUGCUCCACCUGCUCCCUGAGUACUUACCAGUUUGUCACUCUUGCUCCUGGUACCUGGGGUAGGGUGAUGCUCAGUGGAAGAGCCCCCAAAUUUGUGAGGUAUACUUGUUAUAGUUGUUGGCUGUUUAGUGUCUUAAGUAAUGCUCACAUUCCAAUGAAAGUCAGUGGUCCACAGAAAACACACAAUGAUACCAAUUCGAAAAGCAAUUGGUUUUGCUCUACCACUGGUUUCAGUGUAGGCACAGUCAUCUUGUCAUUUGCCCAUGAUGCAGUGUUCAUCAGCAUCAUUGUCUGGAACAGUGUCUCCAUGGUGAUUCUCCUGAACAAACACCACCAAAGACUGCAGCAUAUUCAGUCCCCCAAUCAGAAGCUCAGUGUCCAUGCUGAGACCAGAGCAGCCCACACCAUCCUGAUGCUGGUGGUCACAUUUGUGACAUUUUAUCUUCUAGACUGCAUUUGUACUUUCCUUCACAUUUCUUUUGUGGAAUCUCGCCUCUGGUUGAGACGUGUCAAAGAAAUUUUGGCUGUAAGCUUCCCCACCUUUUCUCCAUUACUAUUGAUCUUUAGGGAUCCUAAGGAUCCUUGUUCUCUGCUAUUCAGCUGCUGAAAAUGACAGUCUAAAUGACAAACACCCCUCAUAACCUUCCUAACAGCCAUCAAUAUUUUAUUUUCUGUGAAUGUGUUUAAUAUC